AUGUCAGUGAACACCACGGCUGAGUUUGGGCAGCACGCCAGUGUGGAGCCUCUUUUGGUGGACUGCCUUAUCGUCGUUCUCAACGUGAUCUGCGGUGAGGUCGUUGGACUUUUAGGCAUCGCUGCCAAUGCCGUUUCGAUCGUCGUCUUCUGCAAGUUGGGAUUUCAUGACAGCGUGGAUGUCACGUUAACCGCCCUGGCUAUCAGUGACAUUGGUUCCUUGGCCUCGCUCCAGUUUUACAACGUCAUGAUCAACCCGUGGUUAUCUUCCGUCCAGCCUCCUUUUGAAAUCUCAGACGCCAUACUUCUGCUCUCCUUGUAUCCCCACAUUUACUUCAUUAGGGUCAGCGGGCUGAUCACGGCUUUCGCCGCCCUUGAAAGGUGCGUCUGCGUGGUUCUGCCCUUGAAGGUGCAUGACAUUUUCAGCUUCUCAUUUAUCGUCUGCCUCUUGCCGCUGUGUGCAACUCUAACAGCUGUGGGCGUUGUCAAGGAGCUGAGCCAAAAUGGAGCGUAUUAUCAAGUGGCCAGACUGUCUUAUUGUAUUUCUUUCUUGAUGGAGACAGUCUCGUCUAGUAUGAACGCUUUCAUCUACUUCAACAUGAGCAGCAAGUAUAAAAACACUUUAAAGAAGUUCUUUUUAAAGGCAUGA